AUGCGUGUGUUAGGUGCAGCGGCGCUGGGCAUCGCCCUGCUGUCAACGACUAUAAUGGCUGCCAGUGUGAAAGAGCUGGAGGCGUUGUUGCCCAAAUGUGCGCUGAAAUGCAUGGCUGUCACUAUACCGAAAUCGUCCUGUACCCUCACAGACCAGACGUGCCAGUGUACGGAUACAACCUACACCGCUCUUUUGCAGGAAUGUGUGGUGUCUAGCUGCACCAUCAAAGAAUCGUUAACUACGAAAAAUGUCACAACCACUGCGUGCGGAGCUCCGGUACGAGAUAGAACCAAGGCUGUUUCAUAUGCAGGAGUCAUCGGUCUCGUCAUCGCAUGUAUCGCAUUUGUUCUCCGGAUAGUCGCGAGGUUUAAGUGCCUUGGUGGUACGUUCGGGAUGGACGAUUUGACAAUGGGAUUGACCAUGUGUCUGGUGAUACCUCUUUCAGCACUAUCAGUUGUCUUGGCCGACACGGGCUUGGGCAGAGAUAUGUGGACUCUUCCUUUUACAAACGUUACCCAGGUUCUAUACAUUUACUUUUGGGAUGAGUUGCUGUAUCUCAGCAUCCUACCGAUGACCAAGAUCUCGAUCUGUUGUUUCUACCUUCGUAUCUUCCCCGCCAGAAACUUCCGAACUCUGACUUAUAUUGUCAUCGGCCUCAACAUCGCAUAUUUACUUGCCUUUGUCUUGAUUUCGGUCUUCCAGUGUCGACCAAUUCAAGGCGCAUGGCUUCGCUGGGACGGAGAGGGAAAUUACAAGUGCAACCAUAUUAACGCGCAGGGGUGGGCAUCGGCAAUCAUCAACAUGGUCCUUGACCUCAUUGUCAUGAUUCUACCGCUGAAACAGCUUUACAAUCUCAAUCUUUCCAUCAAGAAGAAGACUUUUGUCAUGUGCAUGUUUAGCUUCGGUAUCUUCGUCACUGUUGUGAGUAUUCUGCGCCUGGAUUCGCUCAUCAAGUUUGCCUCCACGGACAAUGUGACGUGGGACUACGUGACAGUUGGAUACUGGAGUACGAUUGAAUGCCAUGUGGGCGUCAUCUGUGCCUGUUUACCCGCCAUUCGAUUCUUGCUGCGCAAGGCAGCACCGAAGCUGUUCGGCGGUACCAGCGUCAAUCAAUCCUUCGGAGUGAACUCAACAUCUCGGGGGACAGGAUCUCGACUGGAAGGGGCGAUUCAUAAAGAUGCGACUGAAUAUGACUAUGUCGUCGUUGGAUCUGGUGCUGGGGGUGGUCCAGUGGCAGCGCGGCUGGCUAUCGCCGGACACAAGGUUCUUCUCCUGGACGCAGGAGAUGACCAAGGCAAUGCCACCGUGCAGCAGGUGCCCGCCCUCCAACUCCAAUCCACCGAGUACGAGCCGAUGAGAUGGGAUUAUUUCGUCCAGCAUUAUUCGAAUCUCACCCGGCAGAAGGAGGACUCCAAGAUGACCUACCGCACUUCUGCUGGAGAUCUCCAUGUUGGCCCCAAUCCGCCGGGUGGCUCUGAUCCUCUGGGUAUCUUGUACCCUCGAGCUGGUACACUGGGAGGAUGCACCUCUCAUAACGCCAUGAUCACCAUCUAUCCGUACGAACAUGACUGGAAUCAUCUCGCCAGCAUCACCGGCAAUGACUCCUGGUCAGCCGAUAACAUGCGACAAUAUUUCGAGCGGCUGGAGAAGAAUCGAUAUCUGCCCAGCAGCGUGGCCGGCCAUGGAUUGGAUGGCUGGCUUAUGACGAGCUUGACUGACUUGAGACUGGUCAUCGAGGAUCAAAAGCUCCUCUCCUUGAUCCUCGCCGCCGCGACGGCCGCGGGUAAAUCCCUCCUGGAAAAGGUCAUCACCACCGUCACCGGCCUGGGCGAAGUGCUCCUGCGUGAUCUCAACAGCCCUUCCCCGACCCGUGAUUACGAGACAGGUCCAUACCAGGUGCCUCUCGCUGUGGAGCUUCCAGAACACAGACGGACGGGUCCUCGCGAUUUCAUUUUGAACACGGCCAACGCAGUGAACUCGGAUGGAUCGCGCAAGUACCACCUCGACAUGCAGCUGAACACGCUUGUGUCCAAGAUUCAAUUUGAUACCUCCGGAGUCAGGCCAAGGGCCUCCGGAGUUGAGUAUCUCACCGGUCAAAGCCUCUACCGUGCAGACCCUCGGGCCUCCCUCACGUCUUCCUUGGGCACACCAGGCAGCGUGAAGGCUUCCCGGGAAGUGAUUCUGGCUGCUGGCUCAUUCAACACCCCCCAACUCCUGAAGCUCAGCGGAAUCGGUCCCCAGGAAGAGCUGUCGAAGCACGGUAUUGAAACGCUGGUCAACCUGCCGGGUGUUGGCUCCAAUCUGCAGGACCGUUACGAGACGGGCGUCAUCGGCGAGUCGCCCACUAACUUCGUUCUCACCGAGAAGUGCACCUUCCUAUACAGUAGCCCCGACCCUUGCCUGGAGCAAUGGAAGAAUGGUACCCUGUUCAAGGGCACUUACACGACUAAUGGUAUCGCUAUUGCCGUCACCCGCAAGUCGUCCACCGCCGACGACACACCAGACCUCCUUGUCUCUGGCGCGCCUGUCAAAUUCCCCGGCUAUUACCCCAACUACUCGUACGAGGGCCUGAAAGAGUCCAACCACUGGACCUGGAUCACCCUGAAGGCCCAGAGCCGUAACAACGCUGGGUCUGUUGAGCUGCGCUCGACCAACCCUCGCGAUACCCCGGUCAUCACCUUCAACUCCUUCGACACCGGAACGACAACGGACGGUGCCGACGAGAAGGACCUGCAGGCCGUCCACGACGCCAUGGAAUUCUCGCGCACGAUCUUCCGCGAUCUGGUGCCGCUGGAUGGCGGGUUUACGGAGAUCUGGCCAGGCCCUAAUGUCACGGCUGGCUCUGAGCUCAAGGACUUUAUCAAGCGGGAGGCCUGGGGUCACCAUGCUUGCUGCACGGCGCCCAUCGGCGAAGACUCUGACCCCAAGGCGGUUCUUGACUCGGACUUCCGGGUCCGUGGUGUAAAGGGGCUGAGAGUCGUGGAUGCGUCAGUCUUCCCCAAGAUUCCGGGAUACUAUAUUGCCCUACCUAUUUACAUGAUCAGUGAGAAGGCCGCAGAAGUGAUUAUUGCCGAUGCUGCAUAA